UUUAUCCUAACAGGUGUAACAUGAGUCUGGUUGCCAUGGGAGAUGGAUAUGAAUAUAACUCAAAGAUCAAAUUCUGGGAGAAUGUUAGAGGUUUUAAAAUGUCAUGUAUGAAGGAUGAAGUUUUACUUGAGCCAACAGUCAAACUAGUUGAUGAGUAUUGUCUCAUUUCAACAUCAGACGUCAUUAAGAAAUUUGAUAUAGCAACAGUCAAAGCGAGUGAUCUUGAUUUCAAAUCAAGUUUCACGCUUACCAUAAAGCAAAAUGACACCUGCUAUGGUCUUGUUGGAUACUUUGACAUUGGGUUUGAGGUUCCCUCUUAUCGUGUGUACUUCAGUACUAGUCCUCAAGAUACACCCACUCACUGGCACCAGACGAUAUUCUUCCUCAAUGAACCCAUACAA